GCUGGAGCCCCCAUCAUGAGGAGCAGCCGGACCCCCAGCAUCCCCCCGCAGCCUCCCCUCUCCUGCUCCUGCCGCACCGCCCGGCUGCGGGGCUGAUGUGGGGCUGGGACCGCGACAGAGCACAGCCAGCGUCCUGCCAGCCGUGGGGAUGGCAGCAGCCAGCUGGUACCACCGGGACAUCAGCCGGGUGGUGGCCGAGGACCUGCUGGCCAAGGCUGGCAGGGACGGCUGCUUCCUGGUGCGGGACAGCGAGUCCGUGGCGGGGGCGUACGCCCUUUGCCUCCUGUUCCAGCGGCACGUCCACACCUACCGCAUCCUCCCCGAUGACGAGGGGCUGCUCUCCGUCCAGACCAUCCAGGGCAUCCAGGCCAAGUGCUUCCGCACGCUCCCCGACCUGGUCGGCGCCUACCAGCAGCCCAACAACGGGCUGGUGACGCCCCUGCUCUACCCCGUGCACCGGCCCCGGGACGCGGCCGACGAGGACUCGGACGGGGAGGACGGCAGAGGGAACCCUGCAGGCAGCGCGGUCCCCGCUGGGGGGCCCGGGGGGAGCACGGGGCUCGGCGCUCCCCCUGCCCGGCCCCACAUCUCCCAGCAGCUGCAGCUGAGGCUGCAGGAGCAGGUCCACAGCAGCCCGGCCAGCGACUUCAUGGGCUUCAUGGCCGAGUACCUGACCCAGCACCUGCAGCUGGACCUGGAGGCGCUGCGCAACGGGCACCCGCAGCUGCGCCACCUCAGCACCGCCCUCGUCACCGCCUGCAGGGCGCUGCACAGUGAGAUCGACUUCACGUUGGCAGGGCUGGAGACCCUGGCCAGGGUGUUCGACCCCCCUGCGUCCCCUCGCAGCCCGGCCAGGGAGCAGGGUCUCCUGGCCAGCGAUCCCGACCUGGAGCUGCUCCUCAACAAGAUCUCUGCCGUCAACCACCUGCUGUCGUCACUGGAGAAGAAGGUGCUGAGGUCCCUGCAGGAGACGGUGUCGCGGCACAACCUGGCGCUGCCCAGCCUGGCGGCCCCGCCGCCGGCCACCAAGCCCCUGGCCGUGCAGUGCUUCGAGGUGAAGGUGGGCAAGUCGCAGCGGGCAGCCCUGACGGUGGACGUGGAGCUGGGCACGGUGGCCAUCAGCAAGAAGGGCAGCGGCUUGCCGGAGGAGACCAUCCCGCAGGACAGAAUCCUGCAGCUGAUCAAAUACCAGAGCGUGCAGAGCAAGGUGAGGCUGGUGUACGACCGCGACGCGCAGAGGAGCCUGAGCAAGGACUUCGUCUUCCCCAGCGCGCGGAAGCGAGAAGCCUUCUGCCAGCUGCUGCAGCUGAUGAAGAUCCAGCACUCCAAGCUGGACGAGCCCGACCUCAUCUCGGUGUACGUCGGGACGUGGAACAUGGGCAGCGCCCCGCCGCCGCGCUCCCUCGCCUCCUGGCUGACCUCGCGGGGCUUGGGGCGCACGCAGGACGAGACCACCGCCUGCAUCCCCCACGACAUCUACGUCAUCGGCACCCAGGAGAACUCCCUGGGCGACCGCGAGUGGGUCGAGUUCCUGCGCGCCUCCCUCAAGACGCUGAUGGCCAUCGACUACCGAGUGGUCGCCCUGCAGUGCCUGUGGAGCAUCAAGAUGGUGGUGCUGGUGAAGCCCGAGCACGAGCGGCGCAUCAGCCACGUCCACACCUCCAGCGUCAAAACGGGGAUCGCCAACACGCUGGGGAACAAGGGGGCCGUGGGCGUCUCCUUCCUGUUCAACGGGACCUCCUUCGGCUUCGUCAACUGCCACCUGGCCUCCGGCAGUGAGAAGACCCACAGGCGGAACCAGAACUACAGCGACAUCCUGCGCUCCCUGGCGCUGGGGGACAAGCGGCUCAGCGCCUUCGACCUCACGCUGCGCUUCACCCACCUCUUCUGGUUCGGGGACCUCAACUACCGCCUCGACAUGGACGUGCAGGACAUCCUGACCCACGUCACCAAGAAGGAGUUUGACGUCCUGCUGGCCGUCGACCAGCUCACCCUGGAGCGGGAGAAGAACAAGGUGUUCCUGCAGUUCCGAGAGGGUGACAUCUCCUUCCCACCCACCUACCGGUACGAGCGGGGCUCCCGGGACAGCUACAUGUGGCAGAAGUUCAAGACCACGGGGGUGAGGAUCAACGUCCCCUCGUGGUGCGACCGCAUCCUCUGGAAGUCGCACCCCGAGACCCACCUGGUCUGCAACUCCUACGGCUGCACCGACGACAUCGUCACCAGCGACCACUCGCCCGUCUUCGCCACCUUCGAGGUGGGCGUGACGUCGCAGUUCGUGCCCAAGACCGCUCCCGGCAGCAGCCCCGAGCCCCUGGCCUGCAUCGAGUGGGAGAGCAUCGAGGUGAUCGUGAAAACCGCCAGCCGCAGCAAGUGCUACAUCGAGUUUCACUCCUACUGCCUGGAGGAGGCUCAGCGGAGCGGGGAGAACAGCUCCCAGAGCUGCGACGUCCCCGGCUUCCUCAAGAUGGGCUGGUCGGCCAAGCAGCUGCCCGUGCUGAACCCCAUCCUGCCAGACCUGGAGUACCUGGGGGACCAGCACCUGCUCCUCAGCAUCAAGGGCGUGGAGAGCUGCGAGUCCUACGGCGAGUGCUGCAUCGCCAUGAGGUCGAUGAUCGGCAGCACGGCCCAGCAGUUCGAGACCUUCCUCUUCCACCGAGGCGAGGAGACGGGCUCCAUGCGCGGCUGGAUGAAGGUCCGCGUCCCCCAGGAGAGGCACAGCACCCGCGAGAGGCUCUACGAGUGGAUCAGCUUUGAGGAGGAGGACGAUGCUCCGGCAGCAGACACCCCGACGUGCCCCAAGCCACCUCUCAGGUACCCCCCUGGUGCUGCCCCGCCACGCGCCCCAUCCCCAGGUGAUGCUGAGCCCUGUCCCGCUGCGCCUCGCAGGAGCCGGCCCCACAGCCUCCCGGAGGCCAGCAGCUACACCAACCCAGCCUACUUCAUCUUCGAGGGGCUCCCCCCCACGUGGGCACUGGGCACCGGAGAAGCCCCCAACACGCAGGCGGAGAGCCCGACAGGGGGGCAGCGGCGCCGGAGCCCCCUCAGGGCACGGGUCCCCUCACCCUCGCCCCGCGGCUGCCUGCUCAGCCCCCCUGGCGCGGGCAGGCAGAAGCGACCCAAAUCGGCCAUCCUGGAGAGGGACGCGCCAGCAACGGGCGACUGCUCGCUGACGGCGCUGCACAUGGCCACCUGCCUGAGCCAGCUGGACCGCCUGGCCCCCGAGCGUGCAGGGGACAGCCACAAGAUGCUGCUGCGCCAGACCCACAGCGCCCUGGAGCCGCCCCCCCGGCGCUCCCCGGGGCUGCCGGGGCGCACCACGGACGCUCGGCAGCCCGGCCACCCUGGAGAGUGGCCCUGCGACAGGUCCCGCAGCGUGGGGCUGGGCCAGCUCGGCGUGCAGCAGUCCGAGGAGGGGCUGUGGGCGCACGGCUGGGACGGCCCCGAGUUCUUCAGGUACCCCCCGGCCCUGCAGCUGGCGGCGGGGGGCUCAGAGCACACCAGCACCGCUGCCCCCAGGGUCCCUGGCAGAGCCCCGCGCCCUGGGGGGGACGAGAGGUGAGGCACAGGGCAGGGCGCGGGAGACUGGGGGUGCACCCACCGUGUCCCCAGGUCCUUGCGGAGGCCUGGGGGGUC